UUGCAUAUUGUUGACAUUUUGUGCUCAAAAGUUUGCUGAAGAUGUUGCACUAUCAUUUGCUGAUGCUCAACUGUCUCUUGCUGGGAUUGCCAGCAGCUUGGAGUGGAGCCACUGAGGAGCAAAUGCGUGCAGCUGGCAAAUUAAUGCGCGAUGUUUGCUUUCCCAAGUUUUCAAAAGUGAGCGAGGACAUGGCGAAUGCCAUUAGCAAUGGCAAUCUGCUGGACGACAAGGACUCCAAGUGCUACAUCAAUUGCAUUAUGGAAAUGAUGCAGACUAUGAAAAAGGGCAAAUUUCAAAUGGAGUCGUCACUAAAGCAGGUGGAUCUGCUCAUGCCGGAUGAGUACAAGCCCUCAUAUCGCGUUGGCAUUGCCGAGUGCAAGGAUGUGUCCAAUGGCAUUAAAAACAACUGCGAGGCAUCCUAUACUAUGUUGACAUGCCUUAAGCAAAAAAUUCCAAUCUUUUUGUUUCCCUAAGCACGCAGCUACAUAUAUAAAUAUUUACUUAAAUGUAUUUGUUUUU